UUCCCCAGCAACAAAACGGGGAAGUUUACGCACAGACUGGCUGCUAUUUGUUUUGUGUCAGGAUGUUUCACUUUUUUGUUUAAAUUUUUGCUGAUUUGAAGCGACAUCCAAUCGAUUUAAGAACAAGAAUGGAUUCAAAGGCGGCUAAAAAUAAGGCUCCUGGCCAAUUAAGACGGUCGCUAAGGCAGACGGGAAAAGUUAUCCCUAUCAAUAGACAAAACAGAGGAGCACAUGAGAGGAAGGGAAUACUCGGCGUUGAGCCAACUCCAAGGGCUCCACUGAAAAGGACCAGAAAGACUUCAGAACCUCAGUCGUCACCAUCAGCUAAAGGUGCAAAAAAUGUGGAGAACGGCUUGGAUGAUGAAGAGUCUCCUACCAAGAAGCACCGGCUGGAUGCCGGAGAGGGACAUGGUGACAACCUUAGUGAUGACGACAUGGAGGUCCAGGAAUCAGUCAAAGAUACAGAGAACGGUGAGGACCUGGAAAUGGAUGCGUUUGAGGAGCCAUUAAAAGAAACCAGUCAACCAAAAACAUAUAACGACCGCUAUGAAUUUAUGAACCUUUCCCCUCGCGUCGUCCUUCAUAAAUCCAAAUCCUCCCUUUCUCAAUAUGAAGAGUCACAAGGAACGAAGACUAAAAAAGCUGAAGUAAAAGCACCUUCAUUGCCCAACAAGGCUCAAUCACACGUCCAACCAGCAGAGAAAAGACCUGCCGUGCUGAUCACCACCAAGGAUGAGUAUUGGAGAAAAAUGGAGGCCAAAGCCAGGAGCGCAGCCACGCCGUCUCCGGUUGUGCCCGGAGCUAACCGAGUCCCCCAAAGUGUGUACUCAAAUUCGGAGAAAAUGUACCCAACCAAACCACGUGGAAACAACAUUCCUGAUCCAAAAAAGGCAGAUAAUCUGACAGAACCUGGUGGAAAAAUGAAAAUGGCCGGGACUGAGAUAAGCUCUGGAAAUUCUUGUAGAGGUUUUUUUUGGUAUUUAUGGCACUUGGUUUUGUUGGUGCUGCUCAGCUCUGCCACCCUGCUGGCUUUCCGGAUCCUCCCUGUGCUGCAGAGUAAAGCAGGAGGAGGGCAACGACCCCGAGAAGCGAUACCAGAAAAGUUUUCUGACAGCUUGUCGCAUCUCCAGUCUCAAUUCCCAAGUCAGCGAGAAGAGCUGUGGAAGAGAACCCAGAUCCACCUGGGGAAGCACCUUAAAACCGCUGAGCCAACCGAGCCAGUGAGUCUGAUCUUGGUAGCAGGUCUCAAGGCAGAGAGGACUCUGCUGUGCUUGGCUCGGGGCCUGGCCUCCACCUACACAUCCGCCCUCAAUGGCUCUGCCCUCCUCAUCGACGGGCCGAGUAAAGCCGGUCAGGACAGCGGCAAGGUAAAGCUGGACGUCGACAACCAACUGAAAGCGGCCUUCGAGGGAGACAAACCAGCGGCGAUCAUCCACCGAUUUGAGGAGCUGCCUCCGGGCUCCACCCUCAUCUUUUACCGUUACUGUGAUCACGAGAGCGCCGCCUACAAGCAGGCGUUCCUGUUGUUCACCGCGCUGCUGCCGCAAGACGAGGUCAGCAGCGAGCUGAGCCUGAAGGAAGUGGAGGAGCUGGUGCAGAGCCACGUGGAGGCAAAGCUGGUGGACUCCACAGGCAAAGCCUCCUUCGAUGAAAUGGAUAUAGACAAGUUCGGCGGGCUGUGGAGCCGCAUCUCCCAUGUGAUUCUGCCUGUGGUGUCGGAGGUGAAGCAGGAAGAAUGCCAAUGAGUUAUUUUUUUGUUUUAUUUUUUUAAGGAUGCGGUGAAAUGGGUACUUUGACCAGAUAUACCACAGAAAUGUGUCUUUUUAGACACGUUUUACACAGAUUUCCUUUAAAAGGUUUGAAGGAUGCUUUGACAGCUCUAACAGAUGAAAACCUACUGAAGUGGCA